AAAUAUUUUGAUAAUUGUCUAUCUAUUGUUUAUUUCAAUUAGGCCCUUAGACGCAGUUUUUGACGGGCUUUAAUCUGGUAUAAAAUAGUUGAUUAUAUCAUUGAUUCAUUAUGUCGCUAAGGGGGGGCGUAAAGGUUUUUUAACACCCUAUACCUUUUAUCAUCUAAUCUGUUCAAAUCUUGAUCGAUCGUUUGAAACGUAUCGAUAUCGCAGUGAUCUGUAUUUCUGAUGGUAUUUCAACGUAUGUAGGAAAACCGAAUGCACCUGAUUUUGAUGUUGUCACUUUAGUGCCUGGUAGAGACGAAUUAAAUGUGCCAGUAAAUUAAAAUUUUCUCAAAAUGAUGACAAGGACGGGGGAAAGGGUUUAAAACAGCCAAAAAUGUGCUUACGUAAUGCCGGACCAGCCUCUUAGGUGAAUGUAUUUUUGCUCAACUCUUCCAUGUACUAACAUUUAAUAUAACAAUAACGGACCACCCGAUUUUCCACUUCGUUUACGACAUAUCAUUCAACGUUCUAUAGUUGGUUGGCUGCAUUCCCAUUUGGUAAAAUUAAAGUGAUAAGCUUAAUUGAUUUAGGCGACUUAAGUGCUUCUGCUGGUGUUAUUGCACGUGCUGACGAGGAUGUUGGACGUAUCGUGCAACCAGCACAUCCUGCACAUUAUUCACGAAAAUUUGAUUGGAAUGAAAAUGAAAAUAUAACAAGGAUGAUGAUCAAUUCAAUACUAUGGGCUGCUAUUGAUUUGACUCAAUGCCUUUAUUAUAAAGUUGUAACUUUUCUACUAUGA